AUGACUCAGAACGAGCUUUCAUUUCAGGAGGAGAUCGGGGACGUGGCGGAGAUAGAGGAAGAGGACGCGCCGGCGGCGGAGGGCGUGGUGGAAGCUCUGGUCGGGGCAGUCCCGCACCAAGCGAAGCAUCGUCCCGAGGCCGCGGUGGCUAUCAAGACCGUGGCGGCGGCGGCGGGGGCUACCGUGGCGGCGACCGUGGUGGUUUCCGAGGAGGAGAUCGCGGCGGCGACCGUGGUGGUUUCCGAGGAGGAGAUCGUGGCGGCUACCGAGGCGGCGACCGUGGCGGUGGAUUCCGUGGCGGCGAUCGUGGUCGGGGCAGAGGUGGUCCACCUCGGGAGCCAGGCGGGUGACGUCUUCCUUCCUAACGAGCCCGCGACCGUCGACCAGCGCCUUACGGAUGGCACACAAGACUCCCUCGUGUCGGCGUUGCGUUCCCUAACCCUCAGCGACACUGACUUGCCUACGCGUCCGGGCUUUGGUACCACCGGCACCCAAAUCAAGCUGCGCACCAACUUCUUUCCAGUCAAGGUGCCCAAGGGGCCACUAUUUGAGUAUGAUGUCGCCAUAUCGCCCGCAAUCAGCGUCAAACGAGUCAAGCGGCGGAUAUUCCAGUUGGCGGCGUUGACAACGGAAUGGGCAGAAGCGGGAAUGCAAGGCAAAGUCGCACACGACCACAGCAGCAAGAUGAUCUCCUGCUUUCAGCUUCCUCAGCCCCUGGUCAUCAAAGUGGACCACACUGAUGAGGAUGAAGAAGACGAUAAGAAGAAGUCGAAAGAAUAUACACUCACAAUAAAUUUCACUCAAGAGAUCGAAACGCAGAGCCUGACUCAGUAUCUGGAGGGAGCUCGUCAGUAUCGUGGCUACGAUAUCUUGCCUGUCAUAGCGGCCUUGAAUCUUAUUUUGGCUGCACACCCGAGCAAUCCAUCUGGUGGCGGCGUCAUGGUGGGCAGGAACAAAUUCUUCCAUCCCUCAGCCGCGCAUCCACCUCUUCCCUUGGGGGGCGGACUAGAGGCUUGGCGCGGAUUCUACUCCUCAGUGCGCCCCGCGUAUAAGCAGCUCAUGGUUAAUGUCAACGUUUGCACCACCGCAUUCUAUGAAGUUGGGAACCUUGCGCAGAAGAUGCAGGAAUUCGCAAGCGCCAGUUUCGGCGCCAGAUACAAUGCGUUCGCGAAAGGUGUGCGCAUCAAAGCUACACAUCUUGGGUACACGAAGAGCAUCAGCAAAGUGGCCGAAGUCAAUGCACGGCAACACAAGUUCAAGACACCCGAGUAUGGCGAUGUGACCGUCGUCCAAUACUUCGAGCGCAAAUAUAGCAUCCGUUUGCGCUAUCCCGACCUACCCCUCGUCGACGUCGGCGGCAAGAACUCAAAGCAACGCAACCUCCUGCCUCCCGAAGUUUGUGAGAUCCUGCCCAAGCAGCCCUGGCGGGGAAAGCUCACCGAAGAUCACACUGCUGCCAUGAUCGGUAUUGCCCUGCAACCCCCAAAUGUCAACGCGCGCGCGAUCACCGAGCGCGGAUUGGAUGAGCUUGGGUUCAAGACCGGCCCUGACCCACUCAAGGCUUUCGGCGUGAGCAUUGGGAACCAGAUGGCCGUCGUGCCCGGGCGUAUCCUGCACCCGCCUGUCCUCCGCUACGGCCAGGGCUCGCCUCGCGUCGACGAGCGCGCCAGCUGGAACCUUCGAGACGUCAAGUUCGCCGUGGGCGGCCGCCUGGACAGGUGGGCCGUGCUGCUCAUUCGGGACGGCAACCCCCGGGACGAGUUCCAGGGGCCGAACGACCCCGAACUGCGCUUCGUCGUAAAAGGCUUUGCAGACAUGUGCCGCAAGUCAGGAAUGAAUGUCGGACGAGAGGACCCCUCGUUUGCUGAGGUGCAUCUCCCGCCGAAGGACCCGCCCAUCCGCAAGCAGGCGAUCCAAGCGAUUCGGAGCGCGAUGAUGGCCGUCAAGCCGAAACCGACGAUGUUCCUUGUCAUCCUCUCCAACGGCGAUAAGCACAUCUACUCUGGCAUCAAGCAUCUGUGCGAUGUGUACCUUGACGUCGCGACGGUGUGCGUGCACUCCGCGAAGAUCCGCAAGGAGAAAGGGCAGGUGCAGUACUAUGCGAACGUCGCUCUCAAGCUGAACAUGAAAAUGGGAGGCGUCAACCAUUGCCUCGACCAGCGGAACAUGGUCUGGCUCAACCAGGCGCCCACUAUGCUGGUCGGCAUGGAUGUGACGCAUCCUGGCCCCGGCACGGUCAAGGGGACGCCAUCCAUUGCAGCGGUAGUGGCGAGCAUCGACAACCAGUACGGCCAAUUCCCGGCGACGCUUCGGAUCCAGGAAUCGAAGAAGGAGAUGAUCACCGAGCUGGCAUCGAUGAUGGAGGAGAGGCUCAAGGCCUUCCAGGCCCGCAGCAAGACUCUGCCGCAGCGCAUCCUCGUCUACAGGGACGGUGUGUCAGAGGGACAAUUUGCGAUCGUCGUGGCGGAGGAAAUGCCUGAGAUCAAGAAGGCGUUCAAGAAAUUCCACACGCCUCAGAAGCCAUACCUUCCGAAGUUGACCAUCGUCGUCUGCGGCAAACGUCAUCACACCCGCUUCUAUCCGACCGAAGCCCAGCAUGCGGACCAGCUCGGUAACCCGAAGGCAGGAACCGUCGUGGAUCGCGGUGUGACUGCUGUUUACGACUUCGACUUCUUCCUGCAAGCGCAUGGAGGAUUGCAAGGGACGACCCGGCCCACCCACUACUAUGUUGUGCACGACGAGGUUGGCUUCCAGGCCGACCAGCUGCAGGGCCUGACGAACGACGUCAGCUACAUGUUUGCUCGUGCCACCAAGGCGGUCAGCCUUGUCUCGCCUGCGUACUACGCUGAUCUCGCGUGUGAACGGGGCCGUUGCUAUCUUCAUGCGCUGCUGCAGGGCCAUUCUGACAGUGGGACGACCGCGACGAGUGGGACCGGAGAGGAGGAGGUCUUCAAGGAGGCUGAGCGUAUGUGGCACGGCGGAGUCAAGGGCCUGCUGAAGGAAACCAUGUUCUAUCUGUAAUCUGUCUGCGGGAUCGGAAGUCCCUGAUGUAGCGUCCUUGGAAUCAUGUGGGCCUUAUAUGUCCCUGUAUCAUAGUAGCCGAUGUAUCAUGACUGAUAGGUAGGAUCUUAUGUACUCAAUGUAUGCCUGGGAAUAUAUAUUGUAUGCCGUCUUG